AUGUCCAUCAAACCACCUCCUACACCCGGAUCUAUUUUCAUUCACGAGAACGGCAAAUUUUGCAAGCGCGACAAUAUGCUGGACAAACUACGCAACACAUUCGUCCGUGCCGGAGUAAUCAAGCGUACUACCGCAACCGCCACUGGACCUUGUGCGACGCCUGCCACCACUGUGGCGACGAAGGGUACUGGCUUGGCGCCGACGAUCCCUGUUGUGAAGGUUGUUACUCCGGUUCGAGUUACCCCGACGAAGGCGACAAUCCCGACGUCAUCUAGCACGAACAAUGGGAGGGCUCCAGUGUAG